GCUAAAAUCUCGGAUCAAUCACUGAAGUAAAAAGAAAUUAUGUAUACAAUAUCCCCAUUCUUGAAAACCAUAAAUGUUAACAGUGAUUGAAUCUUGAACCAAACAAAUUCACAUCCAUUUCUUGAUGCCAUGACACUCCUUCUCUCACUUGUUUCUGCAUUCUUUCUCUUCAUAUCAUCAUCUCUAUGCCACCCUUUAGACCCUCUCACUCCUCAAGAAAUCCACACAGUCCAGCUCAGCAUCCAAACAUCCCAUUCUUCCUCAUCUCCUAACAUAACCUUCCACUAUGUUGAUGUGGAUGAGCCAGAGAAGCAUCAUGUCCUAAAAUGGUCGUCUUCAAACAGGCACCACGCACCAUUCCCCACUCGUAGAGCUAAGGCAGUGGUUCGUGUGGGUGGCAAAACACAUGAGCUUAUCGUAGACUUGAUCACGGGCUCAAUUGUCUCCGACCAAGUCUACAAAGGAUAUGGCUACCCUCCAUUCACAUUUGAAGAGUUUUUCAAGGCUAUCAGGCUAUCUUUGAAGCAUCCCUCGUUUCAAAAUUCGAUCUUGAGACGAGGGCUUGACUUAUCGGAGGUGUCAUGCCUGCCCCUCACAGUAGGCUGGUUUGGAGAGGCUGCAAAAAGAAGAGUUGUUAAGGUCACAUGCUUUUACAGAAAUGGGACAUCAAAUAUUUGGGCUAGGCCAAUUCAAGGCAUAAGUCUUCUAGUAGAUGUUGAGGAAAACAGAGUUUUGAGCUAUUCAGAUAGACCAAGAGAACCUUUGCCUAAAGCUGAAGGCACUGAUUUUCAAAGGCAGAGGCCUAGCCCUGUUUCUUGCAGUGGGAACAACAACAAGAUAACCAUCACAGGGAAUAGUGUGAAGUGGGCUAGUUGGGAGUUUCACGUGGCGUUUAAUGCACGGGCGGGCCACAUCAUAUCAACGGCUAGUGUGUUUGGCAGGCGCGUUCUUUACAGGGGCCACGUGUCAGAGACGUUUGUCCCGUAUAUGGAUCCAACCCAAGAAUGGUAUGACAGGACCUUCAUGGAUGUGGGGGAGUUCGGGUUUGGUAGGUCAGCUAGUAGCCUUGUCCCGGGCAUGGACUGCCCGGCCGGGGCUGUGUACCUGGAUGGACACAUGGCAGGCACAGAUGGGAGCGCGCAGAUGGUGCCGCGUGCCAUCUGCAUUUUCGAGCUCUACACUGGGAAUGUGGCUUGGAGGCACACAGAAGUUGGUGUCCCUGGAAAAGUGAUCACAAGUGGAGAGGCUGAGGUGAAUCUGGUUGUUAGAAUGGUGGCAACUGUGGGAAACUAUGACUACAUUCUUGAUUGGGAGUUCAAGAAAAGUGGAUCUAUCAAAGUAGGAGUAAGCUUAACAGGAGUCUUAGAAAUGAAGGCUACAAAAUACAGAAAUAGUGAAGAAAUAAGGAGAGAUAUAAUGUAUGGCAACUUGGUAGCAGAAAACUUGGUGGGAAACUACCAUGAUCACUUCAUAACAUACUAUCUAGACAUGGACAUUGAUGGUGAAGCUAACUCAGUAGUUAAGUCCGAGCUACGAAGAAAGCGGACAAAGGCAGGCGAGAGAUCGCGUAGGAAGAGCUACUGGACAGCAGUUAAGGAGACUGUGAAAAGAGAAGGCAAGGGAAGGUUUGAAGUAGGAUCGAAGGCGGUGGACAUUUACAUCACGAAUCCGAACAUGAAGACGAAGAUCGGGAACGAGGUGAGCUACAGGCUGAUCAGUGGAAAAGCGGCGGUGUCAUUGUUGGCUGAUGAUGACUACCCGCAGAGAAGGGCAGCUUACACAAAGUAUCAAGUGUGGGUGACUCGGUACAACAGGUCGGAGAGAUGGGCCGGAGGGUUCUAUGCCGAUAGGAGCCGUGGAGAUGAUGGCUUGGCUGUUUGGAGCCGUAGGAAUUUGGGAAUUGUGAACACAGACUUGGUGGUGUGGUAUACACUUGGAUUUCAUCACACACCAAUUCAAGAAGAUUUUCCCGUUAUGCCUACUCUCUAUGAUUAUUUUGAGCUCAGACCUGCCAAUUUUUUCGAUUCCAAUCCCUUGUUGCAAUCUUAAUUUUUUCUCAUCUUCUUUUUACUCCAAGCUUUUGAUUUUGAGAUAUUGUCAUCACCAUCGUAGUCAGUCCUAGACUUACUAGUAUAAUACGAGUUUUGUAUAUUGAUGAAAGUGGUGAUAAUUUUUUUUAUGUUAAA